UACAAAACUACCAUAUAUGUUAUUUUUCCACAGUAAUGGCGGACAGUGCAAAUGAAAGUGAUAGCAAUUCUGUUGAUGGAGGUUUGAUGAUUCCGCCAGUUCCUUUGACCCGAGAACAAUUUCAAAAAAGAAACGAAUCGUUGAUACAAGAAAACAGAGUGUUAAAAAUAGAAUUGGAUACUUUCAAACUACGUGUCAAAAGUCUUCAAGAGGGGAACCGUGUACUCAGACAGGCUAGCGUUAAUAUACAAGCAAAAGCUGAACAAGAGGAGGAGUACAUUAGUAAUACAUUGCUGAAAAAGAUCCAAUCCCUAAAAAAGGAAAAGGAAACACUAGCAUUGAAUUACGAACAGGAAGAAGAAUGUUUAACCAAUGAUCUGUCUCGCAAACUGAAUCAGCUACGACAUGAGAAAGUUCAACUGGAACAGACACUUGAGCAAGAACAGGAGGUAUUAGUCAACAAACUAAUGAGGAAGAUAGAAAAGCUGGAGUCAGAGACAUUGUCCAAGCAGUCAAAUUUAGAGCAGCUACGUCGAGAAAAAGUUGAGUUAGAAAACACUCUUGAACAAGAACAAGAAGCUCUUGUCAAUCGUUUGUGGAAAAGAAUGGACAAAUUGGAAGCAGAGAAAAGGAUGCUUCAAGAAAAACUUGACCAGCCAGUGUCUGCACCUGCUUCACCUCGAGAUAUAAACAAUGGAGAUACAGCUGCAAAUUUGACUUUGUAUGUACAGCACCUAAGGAAUGAAGUAGCUAAGCUCAAAAUGCAACUAUUAAAUGCUCAACAAGAAUACUCAGAAAAGAUGGCUCAGUUUGCCAUGGAUGAGAAACAAGUUCGUGAAGAGAAUGUUCGCCUUCAGCAGAAGUUACAGAUGGAGAUGGAACGUCGAGAAGCUUUAUGCCGCCACCUGUCAGAGAGUGAGUCUAGUCUGGAAAUGGAUGAAGAAAGGCAUUUUAAUGAAUUGUCUCAUGGUCAAGGGGUUCACCAAACAACAAUCCCAAGUCCAAUUCCAUAUAUAUCUUCCCCCAAUACUUCUAGACCUUUGAGUCCAGGUUAUGGAUAUGGAAACACUGUUAACCGAGAUAUGAUUAACCCAUCAAGUCCAAUGGGCUAUUGUCCACAUUGCUGUCAGCCUCUUUAUCACAUUGUUGCUCAUAGUACUCACCUUCCCAGUACUUCACCACCACUAGUUUCAAUGUUUUCUCAUCAUGCUCGUAUACCAGUUGUUCCAGCUAAAGCUCACACAAAUAGCUCCCAAGAAAAAUUUAUCAAACCAGCACCUCCAACAAAUUAUCCAUGCCAUCCAGUUGUUAUUUCACAGCCAGGAUUAACUUCUGGAGACAAAAGCUAAAUCAAGAACCACAGGACAUAGUUUGGGUUCAAUAUAACAUGCUAUAACAUAUAAAACUACCAAUUUUUAAAAGGAAAUAUUAUUUAGUCAAUAUAUAACAAGAUGAAAAAAGAGAAAUACAUGUUAAUAUCAUUAAUAAAAUAAUCUCUGUUUUU